UGAGAAAGCAGAAAGUAUUCUAGAAGUGAAGGAAGAUGAAGCCUGUCGUGUUCUAAAUGACAGUUGUGUGAAGACAGAAGAUGCUGCAAGCUAGUACAUAGGUUUUUGUUUGUGAGGAUAUGAAACCCCUGUGUGACAUUGAUACAGUCUUCCCCAUGUUGACUUCAAAGAAAACAUUACAUUCUGUAGACAUAAUGCAAUACAACUAAAAACCAGAUAAUUUGUCUUGAUACUUGAAUAAGUCAGCAAGGAGAUGAUACCCCAGGUGUUGUAGCAGACUUUAACUUACCUGUCCUGUGUAGAAACGUGACUUAACUGAUACAGAGCGACCCUCAACAUUGUGUAAGGUCAACACUGACUAGUGGAAUGUAGACAGGCCUUCAGCAUUGUGACAGCCACCCUGUUGGAGGAACUGUUGCUAUGGCAAAGAAUUACUGUGUAGUACAAGGGUGCCGGAAUUCCUCCGGACUUUUGAGGAAGAAGCUUGAAGGAUUUUGUGAUAUCCACAAAGGUCAGCCACGUGAGAGUUGUCCAUGCCCUGCCCCUCAAGAGUUCUUCUCCUUUCCCCAAGAUGAAAGCCAUCGUAAAGAAUGGAUGCUGAAAGUACACCUACAGGACGACUUAUUUGACACAAGGCUUCGGGUGUGCUCAGUACAUUUUCGGGAUGGAAAGCCGACAGAAGACAGCCCAUACCCAGAGCUAAACCUUGAUUUCAAUGUAAAUUCACAUUCUGAUCUCCUGGCAAGGGGUUUGGACUACAAUAAACACCACCAGAAGAAUCUACAGCUGUUCUGUCGACUCUGUGGAGAUAAUGAAUGUGUGGUUACUAAAGCUUGCAAAGUACAUCCAAAGCAUAGAUUUGAAAAGGACAUAUUUUCGUCCAUGGCUAUUGACGUGAACCAGGAUUCCUGUACCGUCCAUCCCCGAAAUAUUUGUUAUGUCUGUCGCGCAAAAUUGAGUGCCUGGAAGUCAGCCAUGCAAAAAGGCAGACCUAUAGAUUUACAGAUAAAACCAGCCAAAUUUGUGCCCCAUGAUGAGCCAAGUAAAUGCCUGGUCUGCUUGAACCAGUCACUCAGAAAUUACAGACCUCCACAGAUGUCUUCCAAUGCUGAUUCAAGCAACUUGGGUUUAGACAAACCAUUGGCAGCCAUGGAAGGUGGGAAGAACAAAGACGAGGAGGACAAAUUAUAUGUGUUUGACUUCAAGAUAGACAUGGAUGACCUCAUCUCCUCCACCUUAAAGGACCUCGAGGAUCACGAGGACGCUUCGUCCUAUCAGUCGGAUUUCACCAAGUUUUCACAGCAGCUGCGAUCUAUUGAACGUAAGACCAAGGAGGUACGCAAGAUCUACACGGAGUGUUCCGAGAAGCUGCGUAUCUACAGGGAGGAACUAGAGGAGGCUGAUCGUGAGGAAGAACUAAAAGAGGCAGCAGCUGAGAUUGAUGCGAAGGAGGCUGCCGAGGCCAAUGCCAAGGUUGAUGAAGAGAGCGAUGAGGAUGAUGUACAGUUUGUGGCCACGAGCUAUGACCCCUCCGUAAUGGAGAAGAGACAAGUGAUAGCUACCCAGAACAAAAACCUUGUAUCGGCUUUAUCAUCGUCGCCCAAAAUGGAACCCCUGACUAUUCCACCGGGGGCAGUGUUGGUGAAGUUGCCUCCCAUCAGUCAGUCCCAGUCGGGCACCACCCCCUCUCUACAAUCACUGAGGAACGCGCUAGCAGGAGCAAUCAACAAGCAAAUCCCUUCUGUUUCUCAGUCUACAACCACUGUAAUAAAUACUGCUCCAGCUGGUUCCCGGUUUGUACAGUCUAAUAGUCUACAGAACCAGCAACGUAUGGAGACCAUGUACAGAGCAGAUGUGGAGACCAUAGAAAUAGGUGGUAAAAUACUCGGCAAGAAAUUUAAUGACAUUUGGUACAAAGGAACUGUGUCGGACAUUCAGAGCAAAGAUAAAGCCAUAGAGGAGAGGAGAUACAGCAUUAAGUUUGAUGGAAAAGGGAAGAAGGUUCUGAGCCCCAAACAUGUUGCUUUCAAAGACCCAAUAGUCCGACAGAUUUAUGUGGGCACCCGAGUCAUAGCAUUGUAUCGAGAUGAAGACUCCACAUCAUCCUACUACGCGGGUAUAGUAGCGGAGACUCCCAAUGGCCGGAAUCAGCAGAGGUAUCUGAUCUUCUUUGACGAUGGCUAUGCACAGUAUUCCUUGGCAGCGGAUAUCAACAAAGUUCUCUGGCAGAGUGCCAAUGUGUGGGAGGAUAUCCAUCCAGACUCGCAGGAAUUCAUCAAAGAAUACCUAAAGCAAUAUCCGGAGCGACCAAUGGUGAGGCUCCAGAAGGGUCAGAUGGUAAAGACAGAGUGGAACGGUAAAUGGUGGACGGCAAAGGUGAUGGAAGUUGAUGCCAGUCUGGUGAAGAUGUUUUUCCUAGCAGACAAGCGUGUUGAGUGGAUUUACCGAGGAUCUACUCGUCUGGAGCCCCUCUAUACAGCCCUGGCUAAUGCGGAGUACAAUAAGAGUGCUGGUAAGGUGAGGCGUCACACCAACACGACAGUGGGUAAAGCCCCGGUGGUGGAGUAUACCAGAGGUAUCAGUGACUCCUAUAAUCAGCAGGCCGCUGUUGUAGGUCCAGUUUCUCAGGUAAACAAGACGCCAUCACCACAAGUGCCAGUUACACUUAACCGACAUAGCCCAGCAGACAAGAAGAGGCCAGUAGCCAGAAAGAGCACGUCUGGUCGCCCAUCAGCUGACUGGGAGGGGCCUUGGGUGAAACAGACCAGACCAGGAAAUCAGGUGGACAUCAAGUCCAAAGAAUUUGUUGCCAGUAGUAUCAGCAGUCAGAAGGUUGGCAAAGACAUGGCCAGUGUGCUACAGGACCGUCUGUCUAAAACCACGGACAACACAGAUCUAGAUGAUGACUCUUUAGGCCAAAGAAUGGAAUCCAAACUGCCGUUCAAAGAUCGAGUGAGGAAGAAGUUCAGAACUCACAAUUGUGGUAAAGAUUGUUUGAAAGAUUGUGAAGAUGACCCUACCAAGUACAAGGGAGGCAACCCACUCCUCAUUCCCCUUCUGUGUGGCUGGGAAAGGCAUGUAUGUAAAAUGAAGCCCAAUCACAAACGAGUGGUGAUGUAUCGUACUCCGUGUGCUCGGCGACUACGCAGCAUGGAGGAUGUUUUUACAUUCCUAAUGCUCUGUGACUCCCACCUGACCAUCGACAUGUUCUGUUUCGACCCCAUCUUACAUGUACAUACAGAGUUUGUCCCAGUCAAGACAUUUUGUGACAUCAAAGACUUAUCGUAUGGUAAGGAAAACGUACCAAUAUCUUGUGUUAACGCCCAUGACAGACAGUAUCCAGACUAUGUGGAAUAUUCAAAUGUCCGAAUACCUGCUAAGGGGGUCAAGCUUAACCUUGACCCAGACUUCCUCGUCUGCUGUAGCUGUACUGAUGGGUGUAGUGACAGAACUAAGUGUGAGUGUCAACAGCUGACAGUUGAGGCCACGGGAAUUGUAGAGGGAGGCAAGAAGAAUCCCAACGCUGGCUAUGAACACCGGAGGCUCAAAGAACCCCUUACCACAGGUGUGUACGAGUGUAACUCGAGAUGUAAAUGUGAUAGUCGAUGCUACAACAGAGCUGCCCAGAACGGAUUGAACGUCCGUCUGCAGGUGUUCAAAACGGAGAAAAAAGGCUGGGGUUUACGGUGCCUUGAUGACCUUCCUUCUGGCGGCUUUAUCUGUAUCUAUGCUGGCCAGUUACUUACAGAGCAGGGUGCCAAUGAGGACGGGCAACAGUACGGGGAUGAGUACCUGGCUGAGCUGGAUUACAUGGAGGUGGUGGAGAGACAGAAGGAGGGAUACGAGAGUGAUGUAGAUAUUGACGAGGGUGUCGGUGGGGACAGCGAUGAUGAUGAUGAAGACAGUGAUCGCCACUUUAGUGACAGUGACAGUGACUUUUCUGCAAAUGGUCAUGGAGAAAAAGUAUCCUCAACAGAUUUGAUGGACUUGGCAAACACGCAUCGUACCAGGUUGUAUACUGGCUCGGAAACAUCAACAAGAAUGGAUAAAACCACAAAGGAUGAAAAAGAAGAUAAAAAAUCUAUUGGUAAAAUUGUUUUGCGGAGAGACUCGUCACGUUCCGGUAGUAAGGAUGAUGAAUGGUAUUCAAGUGGCGACAUAAAGAAGCAGAAUCAACAAAAGAACAAGGACGGUGGAUCCAGGUCUGUGAGGUUCCAGGAGAAUCCGGAGAAAAAUGCUGCGACUGCUGCGUGGGUAAAUGAGGUAGGCAACGGUAACCCUAUCACCAUUGACGACGAGGGGGAGGACAUGGAUACCAGCGAGUCAAAGCUGAAGAAGUCUGCCUCAGUAGACUCGUUUGGGAUGGACUCGGACUCCCUCCCAGACCUGGACACAGAAGCCGCUCCCAAGGAGGAGAUUAAGAAAUCAAUUGAGGUGCCAAUUGAGAAGAAAGAAGAACCCAAGCCGCCAAUGGAGUUUCCAGACCCCCGCAGAACAUGUCUAACAGCGCGGAGAAGUACAUCCAAAACAUCACGGUUUAAGAAUUUGCCGGAUCCUAAAAAGAAACUGCCACAAGAGGAGAACAAGGUGGAGGAGGUAGAAGAAGAUGAGGAGAAUAAGGAUGAGAAGCCGGGUACGAGGUACUACUUCCAUGACGGACAGGAAUGUUACAUCAUGGAUGCCAAGUCUAUGGGAAACAUCGGACGUUACCUCAAUCAUAGCUGCUCCCCAAACGUGUUUGUACAAAACGUUUUUGUAGACACGCAUGAUCUCCGCUUUCCAUGGGUGACGUUCUUUGCCGGACAAUACAUCAGAGCGGGCACUGAGCUGACGUGGGACUAUAACUACGAGGUGGGAAGUGUGCCCGGUAAAAUUCUCUACUGUUACUGUGGGUCUGCAGAAUGUCGCGGACGGCUCCUAUAGAUGAACGAGUUGUAGAUUAUCAAAAGUGACCUUCGCCGACGGCUGAUCUAGAUGUCACAUACAGAAGUUAAAUAGGUUCACUGGUGUCGGUCUGGUACAUCUGUCAGCACUUCAGUAACCGUGAUAACGACAGAUUUGUACACAUGUCGACGGUAGGGAAGAUCAGUCACCCCUGGUGGAUAGAAUCACAGACCUAAAAUCUUGGACCUAUGUCCCAGUCCUAGGAACUGAUCUGGAUAUAGAACAAUGUGUAUGUGGAGGAUUAUAAGCCAGUAAAGUUCAUUAAGAUACCAAAUAAGGGUAUGUAUCUGGAAUAUGUUGGUUCAGAUUUGUUCUCUGAAAUUACAUAUUCCCAAAAUUGAGAAAAGACUAAAAAAAAUAUGGCUGAAGGGCUAGACACCAUGGGCUAUAAAAGCCCUCCAAGUCUCCUUUGAAAUAGGACCAAUACAUUCAAACAUUCUCUGUACUUCCACAAGAAGGUUGGACAAUGAAGGAAGUCAAAGGAUUCUGUCUGAAAUUUUGUGUAAAUGCUGAGAAUGAAAAGUGUUGUGUUUCAGGCAAAAGUGGUUUGAAACUCAUGUGAUCAAGAAUGAACUAGUCAGUUUGUAUGGGAGUGAUAUGUAGUCAUGGUUUCCAUAAAAAAGUAUUGUCAUGGAAACCAGCACAUCAAUAGAUAUGUUUCCCCUGCUGCUGUGGUUUGACUGUGUACAGGUAAUUACACCCUUGUGUUAUAAAACUGAGAAGAAAGGCUGAUUGUUAAAAACAGGAAUGAACACCCUGUUAUGUUGUAUGUUAGCUUUGUCUCAAUUAAAAAUUCUUGAAAAUAGCCUAUAAAGCUUCUAGGAAAGUUUAACCCUUUCACCACUGUAGACCAUAAUGGACUCAUCCAGAGGAAUGUAUGGUAGAGUCUAUCUAGGGAUGAAAGAGUUAAAACAAAUCAUGUGAAUUUGUUAUAGAUUUGUUUCUUUGAAGAAAUUGUAUAAAUUGAGGUACAAUCUGUAAAAACUGUAAAAAGUAGAUUUAUGUAGCCCUGAGUAUGGGAUGUUCUAGGUAAGUUUAUCACAGCUGUUUGAUAUCAAAUAGGUUUUCGUCGCUUAUAUCAGACGCUAAUCCUGAACAGAUAACUAGUGCUAAAGAUUACUUCAUUCAGAAGAUGUACAGCUGACGGUAGAGUUGAUGUUUACUUUACAUUUGACACGUACACGCUUCUGUCAUAGGAGGAGUUACAGAUUUUAAUGUUAAACUUAUAAUUGUGUUCCCUAUUACUGUUUUUGAUAUACCUAAGGGUUUAUCAGAUUUCAAGAUGUAAAAGAGACGGUCACACUUUAUAUUGCUUUGUUGUUUACCAGAUCACAUUUUUGUAGAAAUCACUAGAUUGUGAUAUAGAGGUUCCUAUUUUACUAUAAACUAAGAAUUUAAAAUGUCGAUUGCAGUACUGUGAUGCUCCAGGAAACAGGAAAGAAUUAAAAGUUCACACUGCUCUGUCGGAUGCUUUUGCUCAUAAUAUACACAACUUCUUUAACCCUUUCACCCCUGUGUAACUUUAGUGGACUCUACCAUGCAUUGAUAUGGAUGAGUCCAUUAUCGUCUAUAGUGGUGAAAGGAUUAAUUUCUUAUCGAGCCUGUUCAAUUUGAAAGGAAAAUUUAGAUUAUUUACCAUUUCAUCUUUACUUGGUCCAAACGUUUUUGUAAAGUUUUCAAAAAAAUGGGGGAGGUUUGAACACUGGUUAGGAGUUUGUAACCAUCUACAAAUUUGUGCAUACAAAGUUCACAGGAAUAUUUAAUUAUUAUGUACAAAUAUAGGACCACAGGGAACCCUGAUAGUUCUGUUUACCGUAAUUUUUCUGAGACAUAUUUAAGUAUCAGUGACGAAAGAGUGGGUUUAACCCUUUCACCCCUAUGUAACUUCAGUAGACCCUUCCAUGCAUUGAUAUGGAUGAGUCCACAGUGGUGAAAGGGUUAAGUGUUUAAUGUUAGUAUAUAGUCCUUUGUUUAGAUAUUCUUUGUUAACCUGUUUGAUUGUACAUAUCAGGACUAAUAUCAUUAAUUAUUAUGAACUAGAGGUUUCGUACCCUUGGAGAUUCUAUAUGAAAAACAUUAUCUUUAGAAUCUAUUCAUCCUGCAAUCAUUUGAUAUGUUGGUGUGAGGUUAUAGAUACAAGGGAGAGUUAACCAUGGUCAUUGGGACAAAGGGAGAUAACCACAGUUAUAGAUACGAGGGAGAGUUAACCAUGGGCAUUGGGACAAAGGGAGAUAACCACAGUUAUAGAUAGGAAGUGGAGUUAACCAUGGUCAUUGGGACAAAGGGAGAUAACCCCAGUUAUAGAUAGGAAGGGGAGUUAACCAUGGCCAUUGGGACAAAGGGAGAUAACCACAGUUAUAGAUAGGAAGUGGAGUU